AUGUCAAAGUCUGACCUUGAAGAUAGCUCUGGCUCUGAUACGAAUGGCGCGACCGAGGCACUGGCGAAAAAGCCAACAGUAUGGCAACGAUUCAAGACACACAUGAAGAAGAGGUGGUGGGUCUAUGUGAUAGCACUCUGUUGUAUUGUUCUAGUGACUGUUCUUCCUCUUGUCUACGUUGGCAUCCCUCGCUUUGCAAACGACUAUAUCAACAAGUACCAAUUCGACUACGAGGGACUGGCUAUCACUAACCCACGGCCAACGUCCUUCCACGUCAGUCAGUCGAAGAAGCUCAGUAUGGGUGGUGGAUUUAGCGGCAGCGGGCAUUUGACGGCGUUCAAUGCAAGCAUUCGAGUCCCAGCUACCAACGAGGAAUUUGCUGUGUUCCCAGUACCCCAGAUUGAUUUUGACAACGGUGCGAAUCUAAAUAUCGAUCAAGAUCUUGACUUGUCAUGUGUUGAAUGUCUCUCGAAGUUGGCUGUUGCGGCUGCGACAAACGAGAGUUUUGGAGUGCUGGUUACGGGCGAUCCGGACUUGAAAUUUGGUGCUCUUCCAACUGCUCACUUGAAUAUUCAUAAAACGAUGAAUAUGAAUGGCUACAAUGUUACCGACUUUGUGAACUCACAAGGCGCUUUCAACAUCACAAAGCUAGAUCUCAUGAAUCCACCAGUCAAUGGGUUCAACUUCAACGCCACGAUUGCCCUCAAGAACCCAACCCCCUUUAUCGUUGAAAUGGGCCAUGUCAUCUUCAACCUUAGCAUGGGCGGUUCAAAACUAGGAUACGUCGACAUCCCAAACCUGAUGCUUCAACAGGUGAACACCACCGCCAUUGUCCUGGGAAACGUGGACGAGUCCAUGCUCAUUCGAGAAUUUGUCUGGGGCGAUGGAGACAGUGGCGACGUCACGAUCGAUGUCAAAGGUCACAGUUGUGACUAUAAUGGUGUGGAAAUUCCAUACUUUGCUGCUGCCAUCAAGGCUGUUGAUGCCUCGGCCACCGUUGAUCUACUACAAUACGUCAAUCUUCUUACAUGA